GGCAAUUGGAUUCACUUCAUGCGAAUUGCAGUCAAGCUGCUUUUUGCUGGGGAACGUCAAUUAUGUGAUCAAAUCUUUGAAGGCAUUGCGUCUCUCAAGGAUCAGUGUUUUGCUGAAGUAACUGCAAACAGUGUAGCGGUGCUACUUAGUUUUGGAGAGGCUAUUGCUAAAAGCAAAAGGUCGCCAGAAAAGCUGUUUGUUCUUCUAGACAUGUAUGAAAUAAUGAGGGAACUUCAACCUGAGGUCGAAACAAUAUUUGAGGUCAAAGCUUGUUCUGAAAUGCGAGAAUCUGCAUUGGGUUUGACAAGACACUUGGCUCAAACUGCCAAGGAAACCUUUGGUGAUUUUGAGGAGGCAGUUGAGAAAGAUGCAACAAAAACAACUGUUGCUGAUGGAACUGUCCACCCUUUAACUAGCUAUGUCAUUAAUUAUGUGAAAUUCCUCUUUGACUAUCAAACAACACUGAAGCAGCUUUUCCAGGACUUUAAACCUGGGGAUGAUUCAAACUCCGAACUGGCAUCUGUAACAAUGCAUAUUAUGCAAGCUCUUCAGACUAAUUUGGAUGGAAAAUCAAAGCAGUACAAGGAUCCUGCUUUGAUGUACCUAUUUCUGAUGAAUAACAUCCACUAUAUGGUCAGAUCUGUGCGCAGAUCAGAAGCAAAGGACUUACUGGGUGAUGACUGGAUUCAAAGGCAUCGAAGGAUUGUGCAGCAAAAUGCAAAUCAGUAUAGAAGGGUUGCUUGGGCGAAGGUUUGGUUUCUUAAACCUAACUCAGCAUACAAGUGUCCCUCUUCGAAAAUGUCAUGUAUUUUUGUUCAAAUACUUUAGGUUGAUGCUCUUUUA